AUGUCAGACGAACGUGGAAGGUAUCCAAAAUAUGGAGUAAAGUCCAAAGGUAAAGAAUUGGAGGUCGGAUGUGGAAAAGGGGAAAAGGCGGAUGAACUCUGCACUAGUGGCCCGGGGGGACUAGGCACAGAGGGCAUAUACAUAAAUGGGGUCACAUUUGGCUGUGAAGGAGAAGACGACGUGGAAGACUGGGGCCGAGCCGAGUGA